AUGCUUAUUUAUUCAGGCUAUGUUUAUCGACUAAAAAAGUCCACAAAAAAUGUUAAGUACUGGGUUUGUCAAUCAAAUAGCUGUGCAGCGAAUGUUCAUACCAAUGCAAGUGAUCAAUUCGUUAAAGCUAAUGGGCAACAUCAACAUUUGCCUGCACCCGAACGUAUUGAACUUCGAGAUCUGAAAAACAAGGUAAAGGAGAGAGUGAGGACUGAAGCGACUUCAGUGCCCAAAAUUUAUGAAGAAGAAUUAGCUCGUUCUAAUAUCUCUUCAGCUGCUCUUAUCCUCGCACCACUUCCUGCUGAUGCAAAAUCUGUUUUAAAUCGUGCUCGCCGUAAAAUAACUCCACCGAUACCCACAUCAAGUGAUUUUGAUAUUCCUGAUUUAUACCGGCAAACACUCAAUGGUAAACCAUUCGUAUGUACCGAUAGGUUUAUCAGAAACAAACGAAUGAUUUUAUUUGCGACUGAUCAACAACUUGAAACGUUGUUUUCAUCUGAAUGGAUUUUUCUCGAUGGGACAUUCGAUGCAUGUCCAUCGCAAUUUAAACAACUCUAUACAAUCCAUUCCUUGAAAUUCCAACAGAGAAAAUCUACCGAUGUAUAUCUACAAUUAUUUUCUGAGCUUGAAUGUCACGCUGAACGAUUAAAUCUCAAAUUUGAACCACAGCAUGUCAUGUCAGAUUUUGAAAUGUCUUUGAUCAAAGCCGUUAAACAAAAGUUUCCAAUGGCAACACAUCAUGGUUGUUACUUCCACUAUUGUCAAUCACUUUACAAACAAGUUCAACUACUCGGUCUAGGCACAGCAUAUUUUGAAGAUGAAAGUACACGUUUAUCUUGUCGAAGCACAAUGGCUCUAGCUCUUCUACCCAUCGAACUUAUAGAAGAUGCUGUACACCUUCUUGAAGAUGAUUCACUUUCAGAAAUGAAAGAUUUCUUUAAAUAUUUUAAAUAUCAAUGGUUAACGCGAGUGCCUCCAACAUACUGGAAUGUGUCAACCCUCGAGUUUCGUACUAACAACUUCGCCGAGGGUGAGCUUUUGUCUUUUCUUGAAAAGUGUGCAUCUCUCUUUUGUCACAUAGGUUGGCACAAUAAGUUCAACAACCAUGUCGGCAAAACUCAUCCGAACGUUUGGAGGCUGUUUGGAUGUUUACAACGUGAAGAGUUAUCAUUUCGACAACAAUUAGGAAAAAUUAAUUGUGCUAUGAAGAAGAAAAAACACGACACAGGCUGCUUUAUCCGAACACAAAUCGCAACUCUAACAGAACGUCAUGAAAAAAAACAAAUUACUCUAUUGGAAUUCAUUAAUGGCUUAUCAAUGAUCGUGGCUCAAAAGUCUACAAUUGCUCAUUAA